AAACUUACCAAAUUAAUUUAGAAGUUAAUGUGUUUGGAGCUUAGUUAAGUCUCAUAACCACCACCACUGCCACCACCGCUCUCUCUUCCUCUUCUUCCUCUUCCUCCGCCGUCGCAACCACCUCAUUGUUUUGAAACCUCUGUAAGUACAGAUCUUUCUUGAACAAAUUGGAGGCUGCGCUUUCUUUUUCUAUCUCUUUUGAAGUCACAUUACUUCUGCUUAAACUUCAUUCCUGUGCUAACUAUACAGCUUGAGAUGGACCGCCGGGGUUGGCCAUGGAAGAAAAAAUCAUCAUCUGAAAAGACUGAGAAGGUGUUAGCUGCUUCAGAGUCUGUUGGUACUGCUCUGGCAUCUGUUGGAUCCCGAACCAAUCAGGAUAAUUACAAAAAGCCAACAUAUGUUCAAAUUUCUGUGGAAUCAUAUUCCCAUCUGACUGGUCUGGAGGUUCAAGUGAAGACUUAUGAGGAACAAAUUCACACACUGGAAGAUCAAAUUAAAGACUUGAAUGAACAGUUGUCCAUUGCCCAAACAGAGAUUACUACCAAGGACAACCUGGUGAAACAGCAUUCAAAAGUUGCUGAAGAGGCUGUCUCAGGUUGGGAGAAGGCUGAAGCAGAAGCAUUGGCAUUGAAAAAUCAUUUAGAAUCUGUCACACUACUGAAGCUUACCGCUGAAGAUCGAGCAUCACAUUUGGAUGGUGCUCUUAAAGAAUGUAUGCGGCAGAUACGAAAUCUGAAGGAAGAACAUGAGAAGAAACUGCAAGAUGUUGUUUUCACAAAAACUAAGCAGUGGGACAAAAUUAGGCUUGGGCUUGAAGCAAAAAUAGCCAACCUUGACCAAGAAAUCCUUAGGUCUGAAGUGGAAAAUGCUGAGCUUUCAAGGUCUUUGCAAGAACGUUCCAACAUGCUAGUGAAGGUAAGUGAAGAAAAAUCCCAAGCUGAGGCUGAAAUUGAACUUUUGAAAAGCAAUAUUGAAUCAUGUGAAAGGGAAAUAAAUUCAGCGAAAUAUGAACUGCACGUGGUUUCCAAAGAGCUUGAAAUUCGUAAUGAAGAAAAGAAUAUGAGUAUGAGGUCCGCAGAAGCAGCCAACAAGCAACAUAUGGAGGGUGUCAAGAAGAUAGCUAAGCUGGAAGCAGAGUGCCAAAGAUUACGGGGACUUGUGCGGAAGAAGUUGCCUGGGCCUGCUGCUUUGGCACAAAUGAAGCUAGAGGUAGAAAGUUUAGGCCGAGACUAUGGAGAUACCCGUCUAAAGAGAUCUCCUGUUAAGCCACCCAGUCCGCAUUUAUCACCUGUUACUGAGUUCUCACUUGAUAGUGUACAGAAAUUCCACAAAGAAAAUGAGUUUCUCACUGAACGGUUAUUGGCAACAGAAGAAGAAACAAAGAUGCUUAAAGAAGCUUUGGCAAAGCGUAACAGCGAAUUGCAAGCUUCAAGGAAUCUGUGUGCUAAGACUUCUAGCAAGCUUCAAACUUUGGAGGCACAACUGCAAACUGGUAGUCAGCAGAAAAGUCCUUCAAUGUCUAUGGUUCAGAUUGCUGCUGAAGGCUACUCAAGUCAGAAUGCUAGCAAUCCACCUAGCUUUACCUCCAUGUCGGAAGAUGAAAAUGAUGACAAGGUAAGCUGUGCAGACUCUUGGGCAACAGCACUGAUCUCUGAGCACCCUGAGCUCAAGAAGGAAAAGAACAUUGAGAAGUUGAACAAGGCUGAAAAUGCAAAGCACUUGGAGCUUAUGGAUGACUUUCUUGAGAUGGAGAAGUUGGCUUGUUUAUCAAAUGAUACUAAUGCAAAUGAUGCCACUACUCCUCCAAGCUCUGCAAAUAAGAAGAAAUGUGAAGUUAUCAUGAAUGGCGAUGCUUCAGGAGUGGUCAAUACUGGCGAGGAUUUCCAAUCUGAACAGCACCAUAAUAUGGAUUUGUCCCAGAGUAUCCCAGAAUCUGAGGCAGAGCAGCUUCCAAUAGUGCAGCUUCGAUCAAGAAUCUCAAUGUUACUUGAGUCCAUGUCCAAUGAUGCUGAUAUGGGGAAAAUUGUAGAGGAUAUUAAACGUGUUGCUGAAGAUGUGCGUGGUACACUGCAUCAGCAUUGUGCAAGUUGUGGUUCUACAGAUGUGCACUCUUCUCAUGCCUCAUGCAAUAGGGAGGCUCCAGGAGAUGCCAAAUUAAGUGCAGAUAAGAAAAUUGACUUCUUUCAAGAUGAAAAGCCAGUUCCAAAAGCUGUAUGUGUUACAAGCCAGGAAUUGUUGACAGCCAUUACUUAUAUUCAUGACUUUGUGCUGUUACUCAGCAAAGAAGCAAGGGCAGUUCAUGAUACAUCUUCUGAUGGGAAUGGAUUGAGCCAAAAGAUUGAGAAGUUCUCUGUCAGCUUUAAUAAGGCCUUGGACAGCAAUGAAAGUUUGGUUGAUUUCAUUUUUGACCUUUCUCUUGUCUUAGCAAAAGCCAGCGAACUCAGAAUAAAUAUCCUGGGCUACAAGGGUAUUGAAGUUGAACCUAAUAGUCCAGAUUGCAUUGAUAAGGUUGCUUUACCAGAGAAUAAGGUAGUUCAGGACUCAUCAGGAGAAAGAUAUACUAAUGGCUGUGACCACAUUUCUAUUCCAACCUCAGAUUCUGAGGUUCUCGAUGAUGGUAAUUUAGUCAGAGGCUAUGAAGUAAAAACCACUGCUUGCCCAUUCUCGCCAGAAGAGUUUGAGGUAUUGAAAUUGGAGAAAGAUAACAUGGCAAUGGAUCUAGCUAGAUGUACUGAAAUUAUGGAGAUGACAAAAUCUCAAUUACAUGAAACUGAGCAGCUUCUCACUGAGACUAAAUCACAGUUGGCUUCUGCUCAAAAAUCAAACACCUUGGCUGAGACACAGCUCAAAUGUAUGGCAGAGUCAUACAGGACACUUGAAAUGCGUGCCCAGGAACUAGAAUCUGAGAUGAACCUUCUCAGAGCAAAAAUAGAAAAUGUGGAAAAUGAGCUUCGAGCUGAAAAGACAAGUCACAAUGAUGCUCUGGUUAGAUGCAAGGAGCUUGAGGAACUAUUACAAAGGAAUGAGUGCUGUGGUGAGGCUGAUAAUGAUCUCAAGACCAAACAGGAGGAAGAGUUGAGAGCGGCAGCCGAGAAGCUAGCAGAGUGUCAAGAAACUAUAUAUCUUCUUGGCAAGCAGUUGAAUUCAUUGCGUCCUCAACCAGAGCUCAUGGGAUCCCUAUACAGCCAGAGGAGUCAAAGGUUCCCUGAAGAUGAACCGACUUCUAGCAGCAUGAGAUUACAAGCCUUGGACCAAGCUGAGACGGAUAGUGCUGUUUCUGCCAAUAUGCAGAGAGUAAGUGCUGAGUCCCCCUUGCAUGCAUAUAGCUCCCCAUGUAGCACAUCUGAAACCGAACCAAACAUCAAUAGAGAACCAAUCAAUACAAAACAUCUGAAACACAGGCCGGCAAUGUCAACCUCUUCCUCUUCUUCCUCCACCGCAACUCCAGAGAAACAGUCAAGAGGGUUUAGCAGAUUCUUUUCCUCGAAAGGGAAGAACAGUAAUUAGGCGGUCCAAUUGCAAACAGUAAUUAGGGUAAUAAUAAAAACAUCUAUCAAAAAGGUUAGAAUGAUGGUUUGGAAUCCUGUUUAUUAUUGUAAGUAAUGACUGUAUAUGAUAUCCAUAUCAGUUAAUUUGUA